UCCUCCUCCUCCUCGUCGGGUUCCGCUCCUUUACCCUGCGGUUAUUUCGGCGCUGGUUUCUACUCGUGCCGCGUGGCUCGCGGUUCUCUCAAACCCAACCCGGCUACUCAGGGACCUUUCCAGCCUGAAAAAUUCCUGGAAGGAACCGGAGGAAGCGGAGAGGAUUUCCAGAGCCGGCCCGCGGAGUUCGCCUUCUACCCGGGUUACGGAGCUCCGUUCCAGCCCGUGCCGGGUUACCUGGACGUGUCCGUGGUGCCCGGCCUGGCCGAGCCGCGCCACGAGCCUUUGUUGCCCGUGGACGGGGGUGGCUACCAGCAGCCCUGGGCGCUGGCCGGGGGCUGGAGCGGCCAAAUGUGCUACCCCAAGGAGCAGGGCCAGGCCGGGCUGCUCCUGAAAUCCGCGUUCGCAGAUCCGUGUUCCCAGGAGUGCUCGGCGCUGCGCAGGGGCCGCAAGAAGCGCGUUCCCUACAGCAAGGGGCAGCUGAAGGAGCUGGAGAAGGAAUUCGCCAGCAGCAAAUUCAUCACUCGCGACAGGAGGAGGAAAAUCGCGGCCGCCACCGAGCUGAGCGAGCGGCAGAUCACGAUCUGGUUCCAGAACCGCCGCGUCAAGGACAAAAAAGUGGGGGCCAAAAUCAAAACCAGCGCCAGCGGCGAGUCCUGA